AACCACUAAAUAUCAAUCACUCAUAUAUGUUAAUUAGUAAUUAGCAUUUGCUUCUUCUUCUUCUUCAUCAUGAUGAGAUCACCAAUUACUCUCAUCCUCGUUCUAAGUCUCUUCUCAUCUUCUCUUAUGCCUCAAACCACAACGGCAUCGUCCUUGUUCCCGUUUCCAUUCCCGCUUCCACUUCCAUUCUCACUUCCUUCCAUCUUCGGCGGAAGUAUUGCCGGUAGCGGUAAUAGUAGUGAUGACGAGUUAGCUAGGAGGUGUUUUCCAGACCUAGGAGACGGAGAAGCCUGCCUGGCCGAAAUCUUCGGGUCAUUCUUUAACCGUCAAAUCAUGAUAGGACCAGAAUGUUGCAAGGCGAUCCUUGAAAUCGACCAUGACUGUACACAAGCCAUUUUUAAACCAUUCAGCAGUUCUUACUUUAGUAGUUCCGUCAAUCAGUAUUGCACUAAUAAUUAA